UGUAAACAAUGGACCAGCUGAUGACAGGCAUCGAGAUACCCUCCGGGAAAGACAGUACAAAGUCACAAGCAGUGACAAUGACCAAGUUGUUGUGAAUAUAAACAAACAAUAAAUAAAUCUCUGAUGACAUGGAAACAAAUGAAAGCCUUGAAUUAAGAUUACUCAAGAAGGUAAUUAAGGAUGGAAAUUUUUCCGAGACAAAAAGAUAUAUUACUCAGAAAACAUCUUUGAGUAGUUCAGGUAUUUGUGAAGCCUUCUUUGAAACUAUUAAAACAAAGCAGCAAAAAAUAUUUGAAUAUUUUGUUGAAGAUGUAGAUUUACUAAAUUUAAGGUAUUCAGAUGAGGAAGGAAGAAGAGCCCUUCAUUAUGCAGUGGAAGUUGGUAGUCUGGAUAUGGUUAAGAUCCUAAUGAAGCAUGGGGCUCCUUUGAAUUAUUCGGACAACAAAGGGUACCAAGCAAUCCAUAUAGCAACACAAAGUGGUGACACUGACAUGUUAAAUUUUUUGAUAAGUCAUGGUGCCAAUGUGUCUAGUGCUAAAACAUUAAAAGAAGGAUACACACCACUUCAUAUUGCAGCUUUGUGCAAUCAGCCACAGGCUUUAGAGGUGCUUGCUGAUCGUGUAGGUUCUUUAAACAUUCAGACCAAGCGUCAGUGCGACUGUUUGACAUCUUUACAUUUAGCUGCUAAGAAUGGUUAUGUAGAUAUUGUCAACAUACUUUGUGAGAAGGGGGCGUGUUUAGAUUUGGCUAAUUUAGAUGGUCGUUCACCUUUACAUUAUGCUGCAGACAGAGGUAAUUUAGAAAUACUCCAAAUUUUAUUAAACCAUGGAGCUUCUUUAAAAAUUAAAGAUUCUAGUAGAAGAAGUAUCUUGCAAUAUGCUGUUUUUUCAAAGUCACCAGAAUGUGUUCAGUUGUUAAUUGACAAAGGAGCUGAUGUGAACAGUGCUGAUUUAUCAAACCACACACCGUUAGUGUCAGCAGUUACUGUAGGAUCAGCUGCUAUCGUUGAAAUUCUUAUUAAACAUGGUGCUAAUGUUAAUGUAAGGGAACCAGGCCACGAGACACCAUUGCUAUUGGCAUCUUCAUCGGGGAAUAUUGAUGUGGCUAGAAAGCUUAUUUCUGCUGGUGCAAACCUUAGGGCUGUCAAUCGCACAAGGGAAACAGUUCUACAUAAAUGUCAGAAAGUGCAAAAAGAGAAAAGAGACCAACUGAUGGAUUUAUUAGUUCAAUCUGGGGCGGAGCUGAAUGUAGUCGAUGCACAAGGAUUCACACCUCUACAUACAUGUGCAUUCCAAACAGCACUCAAUAACUUCGCUAUUUCUACCCUCAAGAUACUGGUUGAAGCUGGGGCACACUUAUCCAUUAGAGAAAGCUCUGGUGUAGCAUCAAGACACUCUCCUCUUUGUAUGUUGGUGUGGACAGGAUAUUUUGAAGCCGGCACAUAUUUGAUUAACAGUGGAUGGAAUCUUUACCCUGAAACAUGGAUGUAUCUACCAGGGAAAACUCCUGAACAAGACCAGUUUCACCAGUGGAUGAGAGAUAUAUGUAAAGAGCCACCAUCAUUAAUAAGAUUAUGCAGAGCUUCCAUUAGGUAUCACUUCAUUAGCAGAUGCACAUUUGGAUGUGAAAUUUUGAGCUCUAUAUCAAAAUUGGAGAUACCUAGGACUUUAAAAGACUAUCUUAUGCUGAAGGAUUAACUCUGUUGUCAUACAGGUUACAAUUGUUGUUAAAAUGAGAGUCAGAGACUUAUUACCGUAUAGCGGGUUAUUUUCGCGGGGUGUUUAUUUUCGCUUAUUUUGGCGGAUAAACGAAAAUCGCGAUAAUAAAUUCCGCGAAAGAUUUAUGCAUACGUUUGGUAGUUUCGAAGUUUACAUGGUUAAAGGAUUUUGUAAACGAAAUAUUUUUCCCUGUUGGCAGGUCAAUAACGGUAUAUGUUAGUUUUAACAAGAUAAAUGCCAAAGGGCAUUGUACAUAAAUGUAUUUUAUAAAAUGACUGUCAGGUGUGUAUACCCUUAUUAAUAAGUGUCAAUUAGAAUAAGAGUGUAAGGUACUCUUAUCAGGUAAUUACCCCAUAUUAAUUAGUGUCAAACAAUAUAAGAGUUGUAAACACGCAUGAUAAUUUUGUAACCUAAUUAGUAAGUACAUCAAAGGUCCGGUCAAAUCUAAUCAAUCGUAAAAUUUACAAGACGUUUGAAUACCUGUAACAAAUAAUUAUCUAAGUUAGCGGUAUUCUUAUGAUUAACUGUAUCAGAAACUAAUCAAUAAAUAAGAGGUCAUUUCGGUAAAAAAAUGAUUAAUCAACCAUAACAAUAGACACUUGUUUGUCAAGUUUUACAACUUUUUAAAUGCAACAAUUUCAGUAUCCACCAAAAUAUUUAAUUGGGAUCUAAGAAUCCACCAAAAUAAAAACCGCCAAAAUUUUUCGUAUACUUUGUUGCCCCCAAAUCGCGAAAUUUUACACCCAGGAAAAUAACCCUCUAUACGGUAUUACUUUUCAAAGUUAACAGUGUUAACAAAAGCAAAACUUUAAAUUCUUAUCCCUACUUUCACUUUGAAAGAUCAAAAUUUGUUGAAGGUUCAUGAUGAGGCAUUUUGUACUUGCCAUUCGUUAUCAAAUUUGUCAUAAUUACUUAAGGUAAAUUGUUUUUAAGAAUCAGGUCUGUUCCUCAGGUAUUGUGAAUGGCAGAUCAACCACUUUGUAUGAUGUAGAUUUACUGUAUAAAGAUGUAAACAAUGUUUGUCUGUCUGACAAGUAUCAUAUGGUCUUCACCUACAGAUAUAGCCAUGGUGGUAAGAUUAUGAAUUCAAGAUUCAGUAACCAGACAUGACAUGUCAUGCUUAUAUACUGUAAGAGGAGUAAACCUAUUCCUGAAAAUUAAUAUACAUGUAAAUAGUCUAGACAUCUCCUUAAAAAAACCAACAUACCAAAAUAUUGUUGACCUAUUGUGCAACAAUGGUUAGGGAGCUACCAUUUGAUUUUUAUGGGGGGGGCUAGGAUGAAAAUUUUUGUCCUGCACUUUUUUUAGUUGUAAUCUCUGUACUGCCUUUUUUGUCGAGCCUUCGACUUGAGUCGAAAAAGCGAGACAUAGCGAUCCUACAUUACGUUGGCAUCGUCUGCGGCGGCGUCCACAAAUAUUCACUCUGUGGUUAAAGUUUUUGAAAUUUUUAUAACUUUCUUAAACUAUCCUGGAUUUGUACCAAACUUGGACAGAAGCUUGUUUAUGGUAAUAAGAUAGUAUCUAGAAGUAAAUUUUGUAAAAAUAAAAUGACUUAGUUUUUCUGCCGGGAAACAUUACAUUCACUCUGUGGUUAAAGUUUUUAAAAUUUUAUCAACUUUCUUAAACUAUCCUGGAUUUGUACCAAACUUGGACAGAAACUUGUAUUUGAUCAUAAGAUAGUAUCAAGAAGUAAAUUUGUUAAAUUUUUUUUUUAAUUUUUUCCGUAUUUUACUUAUAAAUGGACUUAGUUUUUCCGCCAGGAAACAAUACAUUCACUCUGUGGUUCAAGUUUUUGAAAGUUUAAUAACUUUCUUAAACUAUCUUGGAUUUGUACCAAACUUGGACAGAAGCUUGUUUAUGAUCAAAAGCUAGUAUCUAGAAGGAAAUUUUGUUAAAAUUUCGUACCUGUUUAUCUGUAUUUUAUUUAUAAAUGGACUUAAUUUUUCUUCCAUUUAACAUUAAAUACAGUCUGCAGUUUAAGUUUUUAAAACAUUUAUUAGAUUCAUAAACUAUCCUGGAUUUAUACCAAACUUUGACAGAAGCUUCUUACAAUCAAAAGAUAGUAUCUAAAGGAAUAUUUUUAUUGAUUUUUUUCCUCAUUUUUGUUGAGCCUGCGAUUAACAGCAAAAGUAGGCGAGACACUGGGUUCCGUGGAACCCUUACGAAUUUUUUUAUUAGUUUAUCCUGUUUUUUUUUUCAUAAAUUGUCAUCCUGCCUUUUUUUGUCAAACCUUCGACUUUUGUCGAAAAAGCGAGACAUAGCGAUCCUACCAAACUUGGACAGAAGCUUGUUUAUGAUCAUAAGAUAAUAUUCAAAAGUAAAUUUUGUAAAAUAAAAAUUCCAUUUUUUCCAUAUUUUACUUCUAAAUGGACUUAGUUUUUCUGCCAGGAAACAUUACAUUCACUCUGUGGUUAAAGUUUUUGAAAUUUUAAUAACUUUCUUAAACUAUCCUGGAUUUCUACCAAACUUGGACAGAAGCUUGUUUAUGAUCAUAAGAUAAUAUUCAAAAGUAAAUUUUGUAAAAUAAAAAUUCCAUUUUUUCCAUAUUUUACUUAUAAAUGGACUUAGUUUUUCUGCCAGGAAACAUUACAUUCACUCUGUGGUUAAAGUUUUUGAAAUUUUAAUAACUUUCUUAAACUAUCCUGGAUUUCUACCAAACUUGGACAGAAGCUUGUUUAUGAUCAUAAGAUAAUAUUCAAAAGUAAAUUUUGUAAAAUAAAAAUUCCAUUUUUUCCGUAUUUUACUUAUAAAUGGACUUAGUUUUUCUGCCAGUUAACAUUACAUUCACUCUGUGGUUAAAGUUUUUAAAAUUUUAUCAACUUUCUUAAACUGUCCUGGAUUUGUACCAAACUUGGACAGAAGCUUGUUUAUGAUUAAAAGCUAGUAUCUAGAAGGAAAUUUUGAAAAAAAUUUUGUUCCAUUUUUUCCGUAUUUUACUUAUAAAUGGACUUAGUUUUUUUUUUCAAAUUUCAUCCUAGAAUUCCCCCCCCCCCCAUAAAAAUCAAAUGGUAGCUCCCUUAUUGAGGAACAGAUCAAAUCCCUGAAAUUUAAUGUUAACUUCAUUUGACCACUGUAUCAUGGAAAUAUGGUCAAAGUCAUAUGACAUAUAUGUCAGAUGGACAUAUACUCCUAUCCCAAGAUAUGUGAAACUGAUAUGUUUAUUUGACCUUGACCUUAUUUUCAGAAUUUAUUAAACUUUAGAAUAAUUCAAGUAUUACAGCAGGAGAGACAUUUUAGUGUGUCAGCUCCUGUUAUUUGUUACCUAGUCAUAUUUCUUAAACCAUAUAACUAAAAAUUGUUACUCCUCUUGGUGAAAGUUUAUUUUAUAGUACAAUAUAUUUACAAUAUGUAUGGUGAUAUACACAUGUAUAUAAGGACAAAGCUACUUAUCAUGUUACCCAACAUAGCUUUGCUUUUUUUUCUGGUCUUAUAAAUCUUGAUUCAUGCCUUUGACAUAUUUUCAAAUCAUUUGUAUUUAUCCAAUUUUUACAUGUUAUGUAUUGGUAUAGGCCUAUUGUCUGUUAUCAAUUGCUUGUUAGUGCAUUUUUACUGGUCUGCUUUCACUGAACUAUUUUUAUUUUGACUACACACAAGAAAAAUUUAGAGAUGGUGUCAUAUUAACUGACCUUUAACAGAAUUCUAGUCUUUAAAGUGGAAAAAGAUAAAUCUGUUGUUUUUUUCAGAUUUUAUUCACUAAACUUGUAUUUUAGCUCUCUUGGCCCUUAGAGACACAUUGAGCAAUUCUAACAUCUUGAGUAUGAGACCGUCAUUGGACACGGUUUUAUGAUAUUAUCUGACCUACUAUGAGAGUUAGAAUUAAUACCAGGAAUGAUAUAUGAAAGUCUCCCAUAUAAGUUCUUCAUCUGAUUCUUUUCCAAAAUUCUGCAACUCUUAAUCCAAAUUAAAUCUACAAUAACAAAAGAGGGUCUGAACUACUAGGUUAACAGAAUAAAUAAUUAAUAAAAAUAAAGAAUAGAGAAAUAUGGGAAAAAAUAAUACAGAAUGGACAAAAUGGACAAAGCUGAAAAAAAAGGAAAAAUUCCUGAAAGAUUGAAGAAUACAAGAAUGAAGACCCGCUUCAUCCCAGGGGAGAAAAUACUGGUGCAGAUCUGACCAAUUUGAGUUUUUUGGGACCAAGAUUAAAGUUUGUGAAUAGUGUUGUGGAUUCAUUAUUAAUUGUUGGAUACUAAUUUUCUUGGAUUUAGGAGGGCCUCGGUGGCCGAGUGGUCUAAGUAGUUACUACUGUAAUCACUAGCCAGUCAACACUGAGGUUGUGAGUUCGAACCCUGCUUGUGCGGGUGCACUCGACUCCAAUCUUAAUUGACUAGGAUUGUCAGUUUUUCUAUCGAAGGUCGGUGGUUUUCUCCGGGCACUCUGGCUUCCUCCACCAAUAAAAACUGGCCGCCACGAAAUAGCCCAAAAGCGGUGCUUAAAAGUGGUGUUAAACACUAUUUUUAGGAAUGUAUGCAGAAAUCAAAUAUCCAAGAAAUAAGUAAGUUUUCCUCAAUCCAUGAAAAUUGGUACUGCAAAAAUAAAUGAAUCCACAGUAGAUGUGUAAUAUGUUUUAUGCUACAUCAGGGUAUAGUCCUUUAUUUAAAUUGUUGCCUUUUUUAUAUAUCUUAUUGAUCUGUCAUACCAAUUUAUUUUAGUUUUGUUAUAUCUUUUAACGUUUUAUUUAUUGAUUUAUUUAUUGUAUUAAACAUAUAUAACUUUGGUCUAUAAA